GCCCACUGUCCCAGUUCCCCUGACACAGGCUGUUCCAUACCCCGUGCAGACACGCCAGGCCCUCAGCCCCAGCCCAUGGACCUGCGAGUGGGCCAGCGGCCCACAGUGGAGCCCCCACCGGAGCCCUCGCUGCUGGCCCUGCAGCACCCCCAGCGCCUGCACCCCCACCUCUUCCUGGCAAGCCUGCAGCAGCAGCGCACAGCAGAACCCAUGAGGCUCUCAAUGGACACACCGAUGCCCGAGUUGAAGGUGGGGCAGCAGGAGCAAGAGCUGCGGCAGCUUCUCCACAAGGACAAGAGCAAGCGAAGUGCUGUAGCCAGCAGUGUGGUCAAGCAGAAGCUGGCAGAGGUGAUUCUGAAGAAACAGCAGGCAGCCCUAGAGAGGACGGUCCAUCCCAACAGCGCCAGCAUUCCCUACAGAACUCUCGAGCCCUUGGAGACAGAAGGAGCUGCCCGCUCCAUGCUCAGCAGCUUUCUGCCUCCUGUUCCCAGCCUGCCCAGUGACCCCCCAGAACACUUCCCCCUGCGUAAGACAGUCUCUGAGCCCAACCUGAAGCUGCGCUACAAGCCCAAGAAGUCUCUGGAGCGGAGGAAGAAUCCACUGCUCAGAAAGGAGAGCGCCCCGCCCAGCCUCCGCCGGCGGCCUGCAGAGACCCUUGGAGACUCCUCCCCAAGUAGUAGCAGCACACCUGCGUCAGGGUGCAGCUCCCCCAAUGACAGCGAGCAUGGCCCCAACCCUGUUCUGGGCUCAGAGGCGCUCUUGGGCCAGCGGCUGCGGCUGCAGGAGACUUCUCUGGCCCCGUUCGCCUUGCCGACAGUGUCCUUGCUGCCCGCAAUCACACUGGGGCUGCCUGCCCCUGCCAGGGCUGAUGGUGACCGCAGGACUCAUCCAACUCUGGGCCCUCGGGGACCGGUCCUGGGGGGCCCCCACACUCCCCUCUUUCUGCCCCAUGGCCUGGAGCCCGAGGCUGGGGGCUCCUUGCCUUCUCGCCUGCAGCCCAUUCUCCUCCUGGAUCCCUCAGUCUCUCACACCCCCCUACUGACUGUGCCUGGGCUUGGGCCCCUGCCCUUCCACUUUGCCCAGUCCUUACUGACCACCGAGCGGCUCUCCGGGUCAGGCCUCCACCGGCCACUGAGCCGGACCCGUUCAGAACCCCUGCCCCCCAGCACCACAGCCCCCCCACUGGUGGGUCCCCUGCAGCCCCGCCUGGAGCGGCUCAAACCUCAUGUCCAGCUGAUCAAGAGGCCAGCCAAGCCAAGUGAGAAGCCCCGACUGCAGCAGAUACCCUCGGCUGAGGACCUGGAGGUGGAUGGCGGGGCAGUGGGGCAGGUGAUAGAUGACGGCCUGGAGCACAGGGAGCCCAGCCAUGGGCAGCUGGAGGCCAGAGGCCCUAUUCCUCUCCACCAGCACCAACAGGUGUUGCUCUGGGAACAGCAGCCACUGGCCGCGCGCCUUCCCCGGGGAAGCACUGGGGACUCUGUGCUGCUCCCUCUGGCCCACGGUGGACACCGGCCCCUGUCCAGGGCUCAGUCUUCCCCGGCCGCGCCUGCCUCACUGCCACCCCCAGAGCCUGCCAACCAGGCCCGUGUCCUCUCCAGCUCAGAGACCUCUGCCAGGCCCCUGCCCUUCACCACAGGGCUGGUUUAUGACUCGGUGAUGCUGAAGCACCAGUGCUCCUGCGGAGACAACAGCAGACACCCAGAGCAUGCUGGCCGUAUCCAGAGCAUCUGGUCCCGGCUGCAGGAGCGGGGGCUCCGGGGCCAGUGUGAGUGUCUCCGGGGCCGGAAGGCCUCCCUGGAGGAGCUGCAGUCGGUCCACUGUGAGCGGCACGUGCUCCUCUAUGGCACCAACCCUCUCAGCCGUCUCAAACUGGACAAUGGGAAGUUGGCAGGGCUCCUGGCACAGCGGAUGUUUGUGAUGCUUCCCUGUGGUGGGGUUGGGGUGGAUACUGACACCAUCUGGAACGAGCUGCAUUCCUCCAAUGCAGCCCGCUGGGCUGCUGGCAGCGUCACUGACCUUGCUUUCAAAGUGGCUUCCCGUGAGCUAAAGAAUGGUUUUGCUAUCGUGCGGCCCCCAGGACACCAUGCAGAUCAUUCCACAGCCAUGGGCUUCUGCUUCUUCAACUCGGUGGCUAUUGCCUGCCGGCAGCUGCAGCAGCAGGGCAAGGCCAGCAAGAUCCUCGUUGUAGACUGGGAUGUUCACCAUGGCAAUGGCACCCAGCAGACCUUUUACCAGGACCCUAGUGUGCUCUACAUCUCCCUGCAUCGCCAUGAUGAUGGCAACUUCUUCCCAGGCAGUGGGGCUGUGGAUGAGGUGGGGGCUGGCAGCGGUGAGGGCUUCAACGUCAAUGUGGCCUGGGCUGGAGGUCUGGACCCUCCCAUGGGGGAUCCUGAGUACCUGGCCGCCUUCAGGAUAGUCGUGAUGCCCAUCGCCCGAGAGUUCUCUCCAGACCUGGUCCUGGUGUCAGCUGGGUUUGAUGCUGCCGAGGGUCACCCAGCCCCUCUAGGUGGCUACCAUGUUUCCGCCAAAUGUUUUGGGUACAUGACACAGCAGCUGAUGAGCCUGGCAGGAGGUGCAGUGGUGCUGGCCUUGGAGGGUGGCCAUGACCUCACGGCCAUCUGUGACGCCUCCGAGGCCUGUGUGGCUGCUCUUCUGGGCAACAAGGUGGAUCCCCUUUCAGAAGAAGGCUGGAAACAAAAACCCAACCUCAAUGCCAUCCGUUCUCUGGAAGCUGUGAUCCGAGUGCACAGUAAAUACUGGGGCUCCAUGCAGCGCCUGGCCUCCUGUCCAGACUCCUGGCUGCCCAGGGUGCCAGGGGCUGAUGCAGAAGUGGAGGCGGUGACUGCGCUGGCAUCCCUCUCUGUGGGCAUCCUGGCUGAAGACAGGCCCUCAGAGCAGCUGGUGGAGGAGGAAGAACCCAUGACUCUCUGAGGCUUCCAAACGGAUCUGCCCACCCACCUGCCCGGCGGACGUGGGUGUCUUCUAACCUCUGGCCACAGCCCCCAUUCCUGGGUCUUCAGAGAUCCUGUGGGCAGGUAGUCGGGGCCAGAAAACAGCCUGCCUUGAUGGUCACCCCAGGGAGUCUGAGAGGCCCCUGGGUCGAGAAGGGAGACUGGAGAGGAUGCUGAGAGGAGGCAGGCUGGGCAGCCAGGCCCCAGCUGGGCUCUCUCAAGAACAGCCUCUGGCCCUCCAGUGUCCGGGCCCCUAGCUGUGGCCCGUUCCUCAGGCUGCACAGAGGAGGACUAGUUUGAUCGGGCCCACACUUAACCACUAUUCCUGGCUCUGCAAAUCCCUGACUUUGCACACAACCCCAGGCUCCACACAGAAAUGUGAACUUGGCCUCAGCCAGGGUGGCCCUUCCUGGGCUCUGCAGGCUGGAGGGGGGCGUGGGUAGCCAAGAGGUCCCAUAUCCUGGAUUGGAGGGGGAGACCCCUCCACUCACCUGCUUCCUCGGAGGACUCCAGAAGCUUCCCCGCACCACUGGGCACUGAGACGAAGUUCCCUCUGAGAGCAGUGACCGGCAGACCUCCCUCUGGUUCCUGCCCCUGCAAGAGGCCACCCUGCCUCCACCAUCUCAGUGCCCUCGGGGGUAGACAUGUGCUCUUGGAGUCCUGUGCUUCCUGAUCCAAUGGUGCCAAACCCUUCAUCUCCCCUCAGAAGCACAGCAUGACCCCUAGGGACCCCCCGUCACUGUCCUCUCCAUGAGCCUCUGUUCCUGGGGUCUCCCCCACCCCAGCUCUGACUCUUGCCCCACACAAGACUCACUUGGCUGAGGAGGGAGGGGGUGGGAGAGUAGACAUAAGACAUGGGGGAGGGGACCUGCCCUGCCAAGUCUUCAAGGCUUUUGGGCCCAGGCCUGGGCCAAGAAGGAAAGUAUUUGUGUGUGUGAGUGUGUGUGUGUGAGUGUGUGAGAGUGAGUGAGUGAGUGUGUCUUCCCCAGGACCCUCCUUGCCCUGUGUAUGUAUGCAUGUUUUUGUAAAAAAGAAAAAAAGAAAGGAAAAAAAAUGGAGAAAAAUCUGAA